AUGCGCAUCACGCUCACAAUCACAAACGCCGAAACCCAGGCGGACGACCAGGACCUCUUGUCUCUGGACGUCUACCCGGAGAUGACCAUCGAGACCCUCCGAAGCUCGAUCCAAGUCGAAACCGGCCACCCCUCCACCUCCCAACACCUGUACCAUAAUGGCAAGCUCAUCAACGACAAUUCCAAGACACUGGCCGAAUUGAACGUCGACGAUGGCGACAUGAUGGCCCUCCACGUUCGCGACAUUCGUGGUAGCACCGGAAUCCCAACAGGACAGGGGGAAGCAGGACCGUCUCGUCAGCAAGCGCAGGCGCCUUCAGGAGCACAGGACCCCGAGACCGUCCGUCUUCAGAUUCUGGGCAACCCAGCUCUUCGGCGAGAGGUGGAGAACUCAUCACCACAGUGGGCUGGUGCGCUGGACGAUCCGGUCAGGUUCGCCCAAAUCUUCAACAGCCAGUAUGAUGUUGAGAGGCGGGAGCGGGCUGAGCGCCACCGGAUGAUUGCGAGACUGAAUGAGGAUCCGUUUGAUGUGGAAGCUCAAAGGAAGAUCGAAGAGAUGAUCCGGCAAGAGCGUGUCAUGGAGAACCUUCAAAAUGCCAUUGAGCAUAACCCCGAGGUUUUUGGUUAUGUGCAUAUGCUGUACCUCGACGUCGAGGUCAACGGGCACAAGGUCAAGGCUCUUGUUGACUCUGGCGCUCAGGCCACUAUCAUGAGCCCGAGUUGUGCUGAAGCCUGCGGUAUCAUGAGGCUGGUUGACAGGCGCUUUGCUGGUAUCGCUAAGGGUGUCGGGACAGCCAACAUUCUCGGCCGUGUCCACUCGGCCCAAAUAAAGAUUGGCCCUCUCUUUCUUCCCUGCAGCUUCACAGUCAUGGAGGGUAAGACGGUGGAGCUCCUGCUCGGCUUGGACAUGUUGAAGCGUUAUCAGGCUUGCAUCGACCUGGCCAAGAACGCGCUGGUCAUCCAGGGGGAGGUUGUGCCUUUCUUGGGAGAGGCUGACAUCCCCAGGGAUGUUGAGGAGCAAGUACAAAAAGAGCCAACUGCUCCCGGUCCCGCCGGUACUACGAUCGGCCAACGGACCGGAGCUGUCACUGCCCCAGGUGCUCCGGCUCCUGGUUCACCAGUCCCUCAGGCUGAGGCACCACCUGCUGCUCCCGCCGCAGCGCCCGUUCAACCCUCGCGGCCUCAGCCACAGCAGCAACAGCCACCACCACCACAACAACAACAGCAGCAGCAGCAAACUUCGCGAUUCCCCCGGGAGCAUAUCGAGCAGCUCAAGGCUCUGGGGGCCUCGGAGCAGCAGGCUAUUCAGGCCUUGGAAGCUACUGGUGGUAAUGUUGAGUAUGCUGCCAGCUUGAUUUUCGAGGCUUAA